GGGGACAUUUACUUAAGCUCUUGGGGGGAAAGACUCCCGGAAGCAAUUCAGUAAGAUUUAAUUGGAGGUUAUUUCACCAAUGUUAACUGUGUGGAUUGAGAAAGAUUAAGAAGAAGGAGCACCAUCUGGACUACAUCUGAACGAUGGAGACAGCUCUAGCAAAAACAGCACAGAAAAGGCAAGUCGUUUUUCUUACUAUACUGUUGCUUUUGUGGGAGGCUGACUGUAAAACAAUAAGAUAUUCCAUACCAGAAGAAACAGAGACUGGAUACUUGGUGGCUAAUCUGGCAAAAGAUCUGGGGCUCAAGGUGGGGGAACUGGCCACCAGAGGGGUGAAAAUUCAUCACAGUGGGUACAAAGAGCUCUUGCAGCUGGAUUCAGAAACCGGGAAUUUGUUUCUGAAGGAAAAAGCAGACCGCGAGGAGCUGUGUGGGGUGACAGAACCCUGUGUGCUGCACUUCCAGCUCAUACUGGAAAACCCUGUGCAGUUCUUCCAAACUGACCUGCAGCUCACAGACAUAAACGACCAUUCUCCAGAGUUCCCUCACAGGGAAAUGCUCCUAAAAAUUCAAGAAAGUGCACAGCCAGGGACUGUGUUUCCUCUGAAGGCAGCUCAGGACCCUGACAUAGGCAGCAAUGCUGUUCAGAACUACACAGUCAGCCCCAACCUCCACUUCCAUGUCGUUACUCACAGUCGUGCUGAUGGCAGGAAAUACCCAGAGCUGGUGCUGGACAGAGCCCUGGACAGGGAGGAGCAGCCUGAGCUCACUUUAACCCUCACUGCUGUGGAUGGAGGGUCACCUCCUAGGUCUGGGACCACCACAGUUCGCAUUGAAGUCUUGGACAUCAAUGAUAAUGCUCCCCAAUUUGUACAGUCGCUCUAUGAAGUUCAGAUCCCUGAGAACAGCCCCCUUGAUGCCUUAGUAUUGACUGUCACUGCCAGAGAUUUAGAUGCUGGGAUAAAUGGGAAUGUAGCCUACUCUUUGUUUCAAGCAUCAGAUGAAGUUCAACAGACUUUCUCAAUAAACGAAAUCACGGGAGAAAUACGACUGAAAAUGGGAUUGGACUUUGAAAAAAUUAAAUCUUAUCAUGUGGAAAUCGAGGCCACGGAUGGAGGAGGCCUUUCUGGGAAGGGCGCUGUGCUGAUAGAGGUGGUGGAUGUGAACGACAAUGCCCCAGAGCUGACCAUAUCUUCACUGACCAGCUCAGUUCCAGAAAAUGCUCCUGAGACCAUAAUCAGCAUCUUCAGAGUUGGAGACAGGGAUUCCGGAGAGAAUGGAAAGGUGGUUUGUUCUAUUCCAGACACCCUGCCGUUCAUCCUCAAAUCCACUUUCAAGAAUUUCUACACCCUGGUGACAGAGAGUCCUCUGGACAGAGAGAGCAGAUCUGAGUACAACAUCACCAUCACAGUCAGCGACAUGGGCACACCCAGGCUCACAACCCGGCACACCAUAACAGUGCAGGUGUCAGAUGUCAACGACAAUGCCCCCGCCUUCACACAAAGCUCCUACACCCUGUUUGUGCACGAGAACAACAGCCCCGCCCUGCACAUAGGCACCAUCAGUGCCACAGACUCAGACUCAGGCUCCAAUGCCCACAUCACCUACUCGCUGCUGCCAACCCACGACUCGCAGCUGCCCCUCUCCUCGCUCAUCUCCAUCAAUGCCAACAACGGGCAGCUGUUCGCGCUCAGGGCUCUGGACUAUGAGGCCCUGCAGAGCUUCGAGUUCCUCGUUGGCGCCACAGACCAAGGCUCGCCCGCACUCAGCAGCCAGGUUCUAGUGCGCAUGCAGGUGCUGGACGCCAACGACAAUGCACCCUUCGUGCUCUACCCGCUGCAGAACGCCUCUGCGCCCUACACAGAGCUGUUGCCAAGGGCGGCAGAGCCUGGCUACCUGGUCACCAAGGUGGUGGCUGUGGAUCGCGACUCUGGCCAGAAUGCCUGGCUGUCAUUCCAGCUGCUGAAGUCCACGGAGCCCGGACUGUUCAGUGUGUGGGCUCACAAUGGCGAGGUGCGCACCUCCAGGCUGCUGAGUGAGCGCGAUGCGCCCAAGCACAGGCUGCUGCUGCUGGUCAAGGACAAUGGCGAUCCUCCGCGGUCUGCCAGUGUCACUCUGCAUGUGCUGCUGGUGGAUGGCUUCUCUCAGCCCUACCUGCCUUUGCCAGAGGUGGCGCGCGACCCCACACAGGACGAAGACCUGCUUACUUUGUACCUGGUCAUUGCCUUGGCGUCGGUGUCUUCGCUCUUCCUCUUGUCUGUGCUGCUGUUUGUGGGGGUGAGGCUGUGCAGGAGGGCCAGGGCGACCUCCGUGGGUGGCUGCUCGUUGUCUGAAGGACACUUUCCUGGUCACCUGGUGGAUGUCAGUGGUGAUGGGACCCUGUCCCAGAGCUAUCAGUAUGAAGUGUGUCUGAGGGGAGACUCUGGGACUGGUGAGUUCAAGUUCCUUAAACCCAUGAUCCCUAAUUUUUUGCUUCAGGAUCCUGGGAGAGAAAUUAACGGAAGUCCCCACUGCAGGGAUAGCUUUGUUUUCAGUUAAGUAUUCAAAGUGGUCCCCUAUAUCUUCAGAAUCAACAUGCAGACUUUUAUAUAGAUACGUGUAACGUGUACCAUUUUUUUAAACUACUGCAUGUGUGCAUAUGCCCAACUGCUCCAACUUUUCCUGUAGGUAUUUUACAUGGUUAGACUGUCAUUAUAGCAUAUGCAUCAUAUGUAUUUUCCUCAUUUUUAUAUGCCUUUGGUGACUAAUAUUCUCAUAAGUACAAGUAACUCUAGUAGCAUAACAUCGAAUUAUUUUCCUCCUUUAUGCUAAUAAGAAAAUUUGAACCUCUGUAUAAUUGUGUCACUGCUUUUUCCAUAUAACUUUAUCUUUUCAAGGUUAGAAUGCUUAGUUUUUAUUUGGCCUUGGCCUACUUUUGUCUGCUAAAUUCAUGUCAAGAUGCCCUUCAUUAGAACUUUAGUACGUUCCGUUGUGACCCUUGUGAGCAACAUAAAUGUUAGUGCUUGUUUUAUUUAUGUGCCUGCAAGUGUUUCAAAUAUCGCAAGAUUAAAACUUUACAUUAAUCGCAGUUUAGUGAAAAUUAAAGAGGAAAUGUCUCAUAAUUUGUUAUUCCCUUCAUAAAGUAAAAUUGCUAAUCUGUUGCUAAGCAUAAUCUUUUUAAAA